AUGAAAAAGGAGGCUCCAUUUGUUUGGGAUCAAGCAUAUCAAAAUGCUUUCGAUAGUAUUAAGAAAUACCUGCUUCAUCCACUAGUAUUAGGAGCUCCUAUUCAAGGGAAACCAUUGAUACUUUACAUUGCUGCUCAAGAAGAGUCUCUUGGAGCGAUGCUGGCCCAAAAUAACAAAGAAAAUAAAGAGCAAGCACUCUAUUACUUGAGCCACAAAUUAACUAAAAACGAACUCAAGUACUCACCUAUUGAGAAGACGUGUUUGGCACUUGUUUUUGCUUCUCAAAAAUUGAGACAUUAUUUCCAAGCCCAUACAAUGCAUCUCAUUAUAAGAGUCGACCCAAUAAAAUAUGUUAUGUCUAAGCCCAUCCUCUCAGGAUGCUUAGCAAGAUGGUCUCUCCUCUUUAAUGAAUUUGAGAUAAUUUACGUGCUAAGAAAAACGGUGAAAGGGCAAGCCCUUGUAGACUUCUUGGCCAACCAUUCCAUCCCUGCUGAUUGGGAAAUUUUUGAGGAAUUCCCUAAUGAAAAUGUAUUUUUCGUAGAAGUCCUACAACCUUGGAUGAUGUUCUUUGAUGGGGCUGCAAGGAAGAAAGGGGUAGGAUCAGGUGUCAUUUUUGUUUCACCACAUAGGCACAUUUUGCCUUACUCAUUUAUUCUUGGCAAAAAUUGCUCAAACAAUGUUGCUGAGUACCAAGCCUUAAUCAUUGAUGUAGUUGGCCCAUUGGCCAAGUCUUCUACAGGCCACUUAUACAUCUUGGCCACCACAGAUUACUUCUUCAAGUGGGCUGAAGUCGUCCCACUUAAAGAAGUCAAGAAAGAAACUAUUGUUGACUUCAUCAAAUCCCACAUUAUUUAUCAGUAUGUUAUACAUCGCUACAUCAUCACCGAUAACGGAAAGCCUUUCUACAGCAGUCUAAUAGACAAACUUUGUGAAAGGUUUGGAUUUAAGCAACGUAAUUCUUCAAUGUACAAUGCACUUGCCAACGGACUGGUAGAGGCAUUUAAUAAAACUUUGGGCAACCUAUUGAAAAAGAUAGUUGCUAAAUCAAAGCGAGAUUGGCAUAAAAGAAUUGGAGAAGCACUUUGGGCAUACCAUACGACACAUUGUACCCCAACACAAGCCACCCCAUACUUUCUUGUGUAUGGUGUUGAAGCGGUUCUGCCUUUGGAACAAUAG